AUGAACAAGGGUAGUUUUGACAGGGAUGCCGGGCCCAAAGAAGCGCCAGAAUUGUCGGAAUAUAACUUUAUAGAUGCAUCUGCCAUCGUAUCACCCUUCGAACGUAUCAAGGAUACUAGAUGGCCUCGACCUCUGCAGACCGAUCUGUCCCAGAGAACCAAAUAUGCAAGUAUCGUGGAACCCAUGGCCAUAAAACAGAAGAUUGCAGGUAUCUCGGCCAACAUAAUUCCAUCGAGGGUUGUAGAACAGCUCGGCAUACAGGAUCAGGUUGUACCCGUGGCCCGAUUUCUAAACGGCUUCAAUAUGGCAUGUGAAACCACCAAAGGCGAGAUAACUUUUCCAGUAAACGUGGCUGGGACCAUCCAUGAAACGAAAUUCCAUGUGAUCGAGGGCGAUAUGAGCUCUGGCAAAUUUCUCGGCUUCAUGGAAUCCAAUCGAGGAACCGAGAUCAACCCCGACAAAAUCAAGGCUAUCGAGCAUAUCACGGUAGUAGACAACGUAAAGGUCGUGCAGAGGUUAACAGGGCACAUAGUCGCCCUGGGGCGAUUCAUCUCGAGGUCCUCCAAUAAGAGCCAUCGGUUCAUUUUAUUGUUGAAGAAGAAGAAUAACUGCACGUGGACUUCAGAAUGCCAACAGGCCUUAGAGGAUCUUAAACGGUACUUGUCGAGCCCGCUGCUGCUUCACACGCCGAGGGCAGACGAACAACUUUACUUAUAUCCGAUAGUAUCGGAGAUAGCGAUAAGUGGAGUCCUAGUCCGAGAAGAACAAGGUCUCGAACUAGCCAAAGGCUUGGGAGCAGAGGUGAUCGAAGCAAAAUGCGACUCCCUCCUAGUUGUGAAUCAGGUUAAGGGAACCUUUGAAGUUCGAGAGGAACGAUUGCAAAGAUACUUGGAUAGGCUACAAGUAACUCAACGCCGGUUCAAGGAAUGGACUUUGCAACAUGUGCCUCGAGAUCAAAAUAGGGAAGCUGAUGCCCUCACAAAUCUAGGCUCGUCGGUCGAAGACAAUGAACUCAAUUCAUGGGUUGUCGUACAACUCAUGAGAGUAUUUGAAGAACGAAAACUUCCUUCAAAUCCAAAGGAAUCGAGGGCCCUGGGCAUGAAGGCAGCUCGAUUUAGCUUGUCCGAAGAUGGAACCUUACUCAGAAGGAUGUCCGAAGGUCCGCUAGCGAUAUGUCUGGUACCGGGAGAUACCAAGUAUGUUAUGAGGGAAGUCCACAAAGGCACAUGUGGGAACCACUCAAGUGCCGAAUCACUGGUUCGAAAGGUAAUCAGAGCCGGCUAUAAUUGGAUUGAUAUGGAAAAAGAUGCGAAGGAGUUUGUGCAAAAAUGUGACAAAUGUCAAAGACAUGCUCCGAUGAUUUAUCAACCCGGGGAGUUGUUGCAUUCAAUUUCAUCCCCAUGGCCAUUCAUGAGCUGGGCUAUGGACAUCGUCGGCCCUCUUCCAUCGUUAGCAGGCAAGGCUCAAUUUGUUUAUUUAUGA